AGGUAGCAUCAGUUUGUGAUGGUGUUUCAAGAAUGGUAGACGUUAGGAACCUUUUCAUGAUUAAUGCAGUGUUUGCACGCGACGUGUGUAUUUGGGCUAGCGAACAAAUUGACAGUGAAACUACUUGACAGGAGUCGAAAGCAGACAUGAUGGAAAGUGACAAAGUUAUAUUUUCUAAUGAUUAUUUCGAUGAAAGUGAAGUUAAUUCGCUGGCAGACGCAGCAUUCUUGGAACCAGGCGUAUAUUAUCCUAAACACAAAGCAUCUCAUCACAAAAGGACUUCUCGGUCGCAAAACAAAAGAUUCGUUUUUAAGAAUGGAGAAUUUAAUAUCGACAAAGGGCUGUCCAAUCACCAGGGAUUCUUCUCGCGGUGGUUCGUCACCAUGGUCGAAGCACGUUGGAGGUGGACCCUGGUCCAUUUCUUCCUCGCCUUUACUGGGGACUGGCUUUUCUUCGGACUUAUUUACUGGAUGAUAGCCUUAACACAUGGAGAUUUAACUGAAGACCAUCUACCUCAUAACCAAAAUAGCUCAAACUGGACCCCUUGUGUAGAAAACAUUUACGGGUUCACCUCAACAUUCCUAUUCAGUGUCGAAGUUCAUACCACCGUUGCUUACGGUAAAAGAUCUAUAACCUUAGAAUGUCCACAGACAAUUACUGCUAUGUGCUUCCAAUGUAUUGUGUGUUCAUUUUUCCAAGCGUUUAUGAUUGGGAUUUUAUUCGCGAAAUUGACGAGACCAAAAGGAAGAACGCAAACAAUUUUGUUUAGCAAGCGAUCAGUGGUCACUUUAAGAGAUGGAAAACUUUGUAUGAUUUUCAGAGUAGGAGAUAUGAGGAAGUCGAGAAUACUGAAUAUCAAAUCAACCGUCUUUGUAUUAAAGUUAGGUGAAGAUCAUAACGAGGAUUAUGAGCAAAGAGAAUUAGAAGUUGAAAUGGAUGGAUGUGAAUCUACAUUUUUCCUUUGGCCAGUAUCUGUGAUACAUGUAAUUGAUGAGAAGAGUCCAUUCUACAAUAUUUCUGCUGCUGAUUUGUUAGUUGGGAAAUUUGAGAUUUUGGCAAUUUUCGAAGGAGUGAUUGAAUCUACUGGACAGUCAGUGCAAGCUAGAACAAGUUAUACUGAAAAUGACAUUUUGUGGGGACACCGUUUCGUGAAUAUGGUGAACAGUGAUAAUGAUAAAAAUGUUUAUGACGUAGAUUUCUCUAAAUUGUGUGAAACUGAACGAGUUGAUACUCCUUUAUGUUCGGCUAGUGAAUUCAAAUCUAUGUUAUCUUUAUUUGAUCUAGAUACGUUAAUUUAAUUGUAUGAUGAUUAUUUUGAGAGGUUUUAUUUUUAAGUAGGUAUGAAUUUAAUUUACUUUGUUCAAUAUCAUUUUGACAUUAUCUUUUUCAUUUUUAUUACGCAGUAGCGCUGGUAAAGAACUUGAAACCUCUGACAGGACUUGUACUAGCUAAGCCUAGGUCAGUGAUCUCAGUAGCUUAGUUGGGUAAGUGACUGGCACGUACAUCCAAAGUAUGCAUGAUGGUCCUGUCGUAGGUUUGAACGUUUUAUUUCUAUUUAAUUGCAAAUUGUCAAUGACCUCAUCGUCUUUGAUUUCUACGGAUGGGUUUUCUUAUCUUGUACCUACAUAAUCUUUUUUACAUGAUGUUGUAUAUGGUUUCGAAUAUUUAGUUCUAAUUAAGAAGCAAUUAGAAAAUGUGUACAAUAUAAAUAUGCUGAGUAUUUUAUGAGUCUUGUGAUCUAUGCUAAAUUGAAAAACAAUGAAACAGAAAUACAAAAUACAAA